AUGCCACCUCAGCGCAAGAACUUGAACCCUGCAAUGUCUGGCUCAGACGUUGACAAUCCUAAAUUAGCAGUAGCGGCCCGCAUAGACAGGUCGAAUAUCCACUCGGAACUCGAUAAUGCGUUCGAUUCUGACGACGACAUUGCUGCCGGCGCCAGCGCAACCGACUUUGAUCUCCAUGGCGCUAUUCCAGACUUGCGUCAAAAGCUCGCAGAGGAGAACGCUGCUGCUGAAGCAGAGCUACAACGGGAAGCUGAAGAACAAGAGGAGAGAGAGAGACAUCAGCAGGUCGUGACGGUUCCCUGGAACCCUCAAUACGCGGUCCGUCGUAGCGCAGAGACGACAGGAUCAGCCGAGAACGAGCAAGAUAUAGACGAAGACGGAGAUCAAGGGGGACGGAGAAGCUUGCCUGUCUCGCCGUUUGCGGUCGACUUUCGAUAUGCGGCCCAAUCUGCACCAGCGACGUCCACAUCGUUCUCAUCUACCAUCAAUGGAACUGAUGAACGUUCGAGUAGAACGACAGAAUCACUGCCAGAGGAAGGAGUCGAAGAAGUAGAGGUGCCCGUACAAUCUUUUGAAGAUAUCUCAUUGGAAGAGGACGGCAACACUACGCCUCAAUCACUGCAGACCCCCAUCUCGACAUCGUCGAGAAUGUCACCAAAGCCUCUUUCCAUACAAAAUCCGACCGAUGGGACAAACGAUGGAUCGGCAUCGAAUAGAAAUAGCCUGCAGCCGGUCGAAGCGCAUGCGGCAUCCGCCCCGUCGUUUCAGCAACAGUUCAAACGGUCCAAAAAAUCAGGGAGGACUACGUUACAGCAAGUACUCAGUAAAACACGACCGGUCCACCUUCCUCCCAAGCCCAAAGAGGAAGAUAUUAAACAUCUCAAGUCAUGGGAGGAAAUGAUGAAACAGAGUAGGCUGGCAGAAGAAAAGCGAAAGCAAGAACUUGCUCGCAAGCGGCAGGCCCGCGAGAGAAUGAUAGAAGAGUCGAUGCCGAUAUGGCAGAAUGAGAUUAUGCCAAACUUUCGCAAGGUCCGGCGUGACCUGAAUCUACGUCGAAUAUGGUGGAGAGGUAUCCCGCCCAAGCUACGUGGCGAUCUUGUCAUGGGAAAAGCCAUUGGAAAUCCGUUGCAAAUGAGCAAGGAUAUGUAUAGGUCCUGUUCCGCCCGAGCACAGCGAGCUAUCCUCCGUGGAACCUUCCCCACAAACGCCCUCGAGAGUAUCGAAAAGGACAUGGACUCCACGCUGCCUACCUUGCAUCUGUUCCAUCGAGAGACUGGUGUCAUGCGAGAAGACUUGCGAGAUUUGAUGCUCGCAUGGAUGGUGGCAAGUCUCUGCAAGACGAUGGGUGCUGCGAGAAUAGGCGCAAUGCUCCUCCUUAAUAUCCCACUACCCAAUACGUUUCUGGCGAUGCGAAACCUCAUGGAUAGACACUGUUUACGAUCCUUAUACGGUGGACCAAAUGCUCAAGACGAUGUCGAGGCAUACUACCGCAUCUUUGACACUCUCCUUGCGGACAGCUUACCAAAAGUCUACUUUAAUUUCAAGCAGCACCAUAUCUCACCCUCGGAAUAUCUCACAGACUGGUUGCUGACCAUGUUUCUGGACCACCUACCAUUUGAAGCAUGCGCACGGCUGUGGGACGCCAUUUUGCUCGAGGAUGACGAUUCGUUCCUGUUUCGUGCGGCGCUUGCCAUUGUCGGCGUGCUUGAGUCACGGUUAUUGUUCCCAGACAGGGAAGAAUUGCUACAAGUACUUCGUGGUGAGAGCAAGGCCGCGGUUCAAGUGGCGCGUAGGGUGGCCGCCACGGGAGGGAAAGAUCUAGAGAUUGUUGAUCAGGGCGCUCGCUACGAGGUAUUUGGGCUCGAUGAAGAGACGCUUUGGGAACAUAUAGAGGCUUCAGAAGAAUGGUGGCGGGAGACAACGUGGUCAAGACUUAUCCAGAGAGAGCUACCAGAUUUAUAG